UCUUUUUGGAAAAUCAAACGACAAAGCUUGUAUCAGCUUCAAAACAAUAGUGACGUUUACAAAAUCUUGUUGGUGGCUUUAAUUUUGCGAUUAUUUUGCCACGCACCAUGGGAGAUGCUCAAACUCCUGAUGUUGAAUCACCAAAACCCGGUCCAGGGGAUGAAUCCCAACCAGAGGAGGACCGGCGGCUCUUUGGAGGCUUAGAAUUUCAAGUUUCUGAAGUUGUCGGAAGAUUAGAAGCUGUAGUCAAUUCUCAGGAAUCCCAAGAAAGCAUGGAAGAGGAAGAAAAAAAGCCAGAACCCCGCAAAAUCAGCGGCAAUUACUUUGAACCAGAAGAAAUGGCAAUGGAUGAAAUUUUGAAGGUUUUGGAAGAUCUCGUAUUGAAGACUGAUCCAAGUUGUGAUAAUACCGAGCCUCCACUACUUCCGACUGAUCCUGUUACGCGUGCUGCUAUAUUGUCCCACAGUAUUUCGGCUCUUUUUAGUAGACUCGAAAGAAAUCAUGCGGCAAGGCUUGGAGCUCAUAUAGCUAGUGAAACUACGCUUUGGAUGUCGCAUAUGUUUAAACUCACAGACUAUAGUGCAUACUACCAUCAAGAACAAAUGGAAGGUUUAGUAAGAGUAACAAGAAUGUUGCUACAUCACAGAUACCCACGUUACUUAGAGGAUGGGGCACUAGCAUUUGCAAGCCGUCUCCCAAGUAUAUACAGCUGUGUUGCAAGUCCAUUGGGGGUUGUCCAACAUUUGUGCAGACAGCUUGGCCUUCCACUUGCCUGUGUAAGACCUGUGCCUGUUGAUUCUACUGGCCGUGGAAUCGACAUAGAAGCACUGGACAGACUUUGUGAAGAGGAUAUUAAUGGUAACCGAACCCCACUUCUAGUAUUAGGUGAGGUGGGUGGACCUCCAUUGGGCACAGGGUCGGCACUUCGACCCCUGGCUGAAACCUGUAAGAAACGGAACCUUCACCUUCAUGUCAGAGGACACGCAUUGGCUUUACCCGCUGCUUUGAAUAGAGAUCAGACCUACAAUAUAGCCGAUUCUCUCACACUUACGCCCGGUUCUUGGUUCGGCGUUCCCGGAUUACCCACUGUCACAUUUUAUCGAAUACCAGAACCUAUAACGGCUAAUGAUCAAUUGAAGGGAGUGAAUGCGGCGGGUAGUCGCGAAGGGACAUUAGCGGUUCUAUCUGGCCUUUGUAGUGGGUCUGGGCGUCUCAGCGCACUUCCAUUAUGGACCUGCGCACGCGCAGCUGGCGCUAAACGGCUAUCAAGGAGACUCGAUGCGGCUUUCAGAUCUGCGAGAGCAGCACGCGCGCUGGUUGCAAGUGCUGAUUUAAGGGUUUUGAGCGAACGACCGGGCGGCGAUGAACCACCAAAUCUUGAUAUUGUUGAUGCGUUGAGCCAAGCAUCAGCCUGUGUGGCAUUUCAGUUCGCGCCUCCCGGAGUAGAAAAACCGCCACCGUACUUCGACAAACUAAACUCCUGGCUGGGACAGGUGUUGCAGAGGGAAUCGGAUAUGAUUCACAUAGAAGUAUGCGAAACAGAAAGUUAUGGUGUGGUCCUGAGGUAUUGUCCCCUCGAAGGGUCUCUUCUAGAAGAGGAUUCAGUAGAAGCAUGGGCCUCCGUUCUAGAAGCUCAGCUGAAUGUCUUACACGCAACUGUGGCUUUGAGGGAACCGUUUCAGGAGAGAGUGGCUCAACAUCCGGCGUUACGACUUAUCCAUGUACCGGGAUGGGCUGGCCUUGGUGGUGUCAGAUACGUUCCAGCGGGCUGGGAAGACGCACGCUCAGAAGACAUAAACUCGUUAAAUAGAAAGUUAGUUCACACGUUGCGGGCAACAGAUGGCGCUUUUUCGUGCGGCGAAGGCGAGGAUGGUAUGUUUUGUGUUAGAUUCGGCAUGGUAACGGCAGAAACCGAUGUUGAAGAGUUGUUAGACUUGGUGCUUUCGGCCGGUAAAGAGGUUGAGGAGAGUUCAAAGGUGCUUACAGAUAUGACUGAAGUAUUAAAAAAAGGUAUAGAAGCUGCUCAAGAGGAGUUAGAGCGGGAAGCCUCCCAAGAGGGGUUAUUACGUCGGGUUCCAGUUGUAGGAAGAGUGGUCUCGUGGUGGGCCCCCCCUCCCCCUGUUACCGGAAGACGGCUUCUCCUCACACACGGCGGCACACUGCAAUCUACUAGUGAUGUAUAUAGCUGCGUAAAGAAAGAUAAAGAUGAGGAACCUGCGCGUGCGCAUUCGCCAUCGCGCCGCGAAACGGUCGAGUAACAUCACACACGCCAAAGGCAAUUUACAUGUAGUAUUAUAAGGCACGUAACUUGGCCAGAUUCUGCAAUUAAUAGAUAACCAUAAACAACGACACUGGCCAACUUAUUUGUUGCACACUAUACCAUACAUACAGUCGACUUCACACAUUGUCACACCAAAAAUUGCUAUACUGUGAUAUCAAUAAUUUUUUUAAUUGGCUGUGCCGUUAUUUUUCGUAUUUGGUCUUUACUCUGUAGUAAAUAAGAUUUACACUGUAUAUGAGCUACGCACACAUAUGAAAUUUAAACGCUUGUACAUUUGAAUUUAGAAUAUAGUCUAUUCUAAAUUUGAAUUGUUUAAUCAUAAACGUACUAUUAUUUACCUUAACAAUACCAGAUAAAACCUUCAAAGCGUAUGUGUUAUAAGUGUGUUUUGUCUCGUUCCUGCAAAUUAUAUUAAUACUGAGAUGGAAAGAGACAGAAAAUUCUUUAUAACUUGAAUGGCUAUUUAGUACGUUUAUACGGUCUUAUAGUAUUUAUUGAUUUAAAAGCAUUUUUGUUUAUAUCCAGCCGACUGUAUACAAAUAGUUUUAAUUAAGCUAAUGUAACAUACCAUAAUAUUUAUUAUAAAUCCAAAGUUUGAUAAGUUCUUCUUAAGUCGAAGUUGAGGGUAAAAAUUUAAGUUGACACUUAGUAAAGUAUAACCCCGAUUUUGACAAACGGGAGUCUAUUUAUUGUCUUAUAUUUUUGGUACAAACCAAAGGUAAUUUUAAAUUGUCAAUUUGAGUCUCUGGGCCGUUGUCUAGAUCGUGAAUCAAAGUUAAAUCUAGUUUCAAAAGCUGUCAUUUUUUUCUGUACGAAGUGAAGAUUGUGACUUGAGAUACGAUUUAAAAUAUGGACGUAUAUAUUAGAGCUAAUAAAUCCUUUUGAUCCCUGAACUCAAUUUCGUUGUUCAUUUCGCUUUAUCAAAAUAUCAUCAACGUGCAUCAAUGAAUUGAAUA